AGAUUCCCGAUCGUGUGACACAAACAAAAACAACAGACAAGAGAAAAAAAUAAUCAAAUUUGCUGUUGGAAAAGUCUAAAUUUCCAAAUUUCAGUUGGUCACACUCCCCGACAGAACCUCCACAUUUUUUUACUCUGUUUUUCUUCUCUCCAAAUUUUCUCAGCUCCCAAACAGAAAGAAAGCUACAAAUUUCCAGGUGAUGAAGCGUGAUCACAUUGCCAGAAGGAAAAAGAAACUCGAUCCCAUGGGGAAAGAAGGGCAGAACUACGGGAAGGGAGAGAGUCCGAAUCCGAAUCCGAUUCCGAAAGCCGAUCACGCUUUCCCGGCGUGGUCGAGAGACGCCAAGGAAUGCGAGGACGCGUUCCGAGUGAGUCGCGACUCGGGCUUGUCCUCCGAGGAAGUCGACAACCGGCGGAAGAUGUACGGAUGGAACGAGCUGGAGAAGCACGAGGACCAGUCGAUGUGGAAGCUGUUGCUGGACCAGCUGAGCGACACGCUGGUACGGAUUCUGCUGGCGGCGGCGAUCAUCUCGUUUGUCCUGGCCUGGUUCGACGGCGAGGAGGAGAAGGAGAUCACGGCGUUUGUGGAGCCGCUGGUGAUUUUCCUGAUCCUGAUCGUGAAUGCAAUCGUCGGGAUUUGGCAGGAGAGCAACGCGGAGAAGGCGCUGGAGGCGUUGAAGGAGAUUCAGUCAGAGCAGGCGGCGGUAAUUAGGGAUGGAAGGAAGGUGUCGAAUCUGGCGGCGAAGGAGCUGGUUCCGGGGGAUAUUGUGGAGCUGAGAGUUGGGGAUAAGGUGCCGGCGGAUAUGAGGGUUUUGAACUUGGUGAGCUCGACGUUUAGGAUUGAGCAGGGGUCUUUGACAGGAGAGAGUGAGGCAGUGAGCAAGAGUGUGAAGGCGGUUUCGGAGAAUUCGGAUAUUCAAGGGAAGAAAUGUAUGGUUUUUGCGGGGACGACUGUGGUGAAUGGGCAUUGUGUUUGUUUGGUGACGCAGAUUGGGAUGAGGACUGAGAUUGGGCAAGUGCAUUCCCAGAUUCAAGAAGCUUCGCAGAGCGAGGAUGAUACCCCUCUUAAGAAGAAGCUGAAUGAGUUUGGGGAGAUUUUGACUAUGAUCAUUGGUGUUAUUUGUGCAAUUGUUUGGCUCAUCAAUGUCAAGUACUUUCUCAGUUGGGAGAUUGUUGAUGGUUUGCCGACCAAUUUUCAAUUCUCAUUCGAGAAGUGUACUUAUUACUUCAAGAUUGCAGUGGCAUUGGCUGUGGCAGCCAUUCCCGAAGGCUUGCCUGCCGUGAUCACGACUUGUUUGGCGCUUGGAACACGAAAGAUGGCUCAGAAGAAUGCACUUGUUAGGAAAUUGCCGAGUGUUGAGACUCUCGGGUGCACUACUGUGAUUUGUUCUGAUAAAACUGGUACUCUGACUACCAAUCAGAUGGCUGUGGCAAAGCUUGUGGCUAUUGGUUCGAGGCCUGGUACUCUUCGAGCCUUUGAUGUGGAAGGAACCACCUACAACCCUUUUGAUGGGAAAAUACAGGACUGGCCGCCAGCUGGUGAUAUGGAUACCAAUGUUCAAAUGAUAGCCAAAAUCGCUGCUGUGUGUAAUGAUGCUGGUGUUGAGUUAUCUGGGAGUCAUUAUAUUGCCAACGGGAUGCCCACCGAGGCAGCUUUGAAGGUUCUGGUUGAGAAGAUGGGAGUUCCUGAAGUAUUAAAUACUUGUUUCUCCUCAGUUGGAGAUCUACUACGUUGUUCUCAACUAUGGAAUGACAUUGACCGGCGAAUUGCAACACUUGAGUUUGACCGUGAUCGCAAAUCCAUGAGUGUUAUUGUGAAUUCUGGCUCGGGAAAAAACUUACUUUUUGUUAAGGGUGCAGUUGAAAAUGUAUUGGAACGGAGCUUGUUCAUUCAGUUGGUUGAUGGCUCCAUUGUAGAAUUGGACCAAAAAAUAAGGGAUCUUAUCUUGGGCACCCUUAAUGAAAUGUCAAGUAGUGCAUUACGUUGUUUGGGGUUUGCAUACAAGGACGACCUCCCAGAGUUUGCAACGUACAAUGGUGAUGAAGAUCAUCCAGCUCAUCAGCUUUUACUCAAUCCUUCCAAUUAUUCUUCAAUUGAGAAUAAACUUGUUUUUGUUGGCAUGGUCGGGCUAAGGGAUCCUCCGCGAAAAGAGGUCCGUCAAGCCAUUGAGGACUGCAAGGCUGCCGGAAUCCGUGUUAUGGUUAUUACAGGAGACAACAAGAAUACUGCUGAAGCUAUUUGCCGUGAAAUAGGUGUAUUCAAACCUUCAGAAGAUAUUAGUUUGAAAAGCUUAACAGGAAAUGAAUUCAUUGAUCACCAUGACCAGAAAAGUUAUUUAAGACAAAGUGGAGGCCUGUUGUUCUCUAGGGCUGAGCCAAGGCAUAAACAAGAGAUAGUGAGGCUGCUCAAGGAAGAUGGGGAAGUGGUUGCAAUGACUGGUGAUGGAGUGAAUGAUGCACCUGCCUUGAAGUUGGCUGAUAUUGGUAUUGCAAUGGGCAUUGCUGGGACAGAGGUUGCCAAGGAAGCCUCUGAUAUGGUAUUAGCAGAUGACAAUUUUAGCACUAUAGUUGCUGCUGUUGGAGAAGGCAGGUCUAUUUAUAACAACAUGAAGGCUUUUAUCAGGUACAUGAUCUCCUCAAACAUUGGCGAAGUUGCAUCCAUUUUUCUGACAGCUGCCUUGGGUAUUCCAGAAGGGAUGAUCCCAGUUCAGCUUCUCUGGGUCAAUCUGGUCACCGAUGGACCCCCAGCAACAGCUUUGGGAUUCAAUCCACCGGACAAAGACAUAAUGAAGAAGCCCCCUAGAAGAAGCAACGAGUCAUUGAUCACUCCUUGGAUCUUAUUCCGUUAUCUGGUAAUUGGGCUCUACGUCGGGACAGCAACAGUUGGGGUGUUCAUUAUUUGGUACACUCAUUCCUCAUUUUUGGGCAUCGACCUUAGCCAAGACGGCCAUAGUCUAGUGACAUACUCUCAACUUGCAAACUGGGGCAAGUGCCCUUCAUGGGAAGGAUUCUCACCAUCCAACUUCACAGCCGGAUCCCAGGUGUUCACUUUCGACACCAAUCCAUGCGAAUAUUUCCGUUCUGGAAAAAUCAAAGCCUCGACUCUCUCCCUCUCCGUCUUGGUUGCCAUCGAGAUGUUCAACUCCCUCAAUGCACUAUCCGAGGACGGAAGCCUCUUGACAAUGCCUCCCUGGGUCAAUCCGUGGCUCCUUCUAGCCAUGUCCUUGUCAUUCGGCUUGCACUUUCUGAUCCUCUACGUCCCGUUCCUUGCGGAUGUGUUCGGCAUUGUCCCUCUCAGCCUGAACGAAUGGCUCUUGGUGCUGGCUGUCGCGCUUCCGGUGAUAUUGAUCGAUGAGAUUCUCAAGUUUGUGGGAAGAUGUACGAGUAAGUUGCCGGAUUCUACUACUAUCGACAGAUCUAAGCAAAAAGCAGAGUGAGCGCCAAGAAGCCUUGGAUUUAUUAGUUAGAAUUGUAGUGGACUUUAUAAAAACAACUUUGCUAAUACAAAUUUGAACUGCAUUCGACAUGAUUUUUCGGA